CGGCCAUGGCUCCCGCCUGGCCCUGCCUGCUGCUCUGCCUCGGCGCCGCGGCCCUGCGAGCCGGCCCGGCCCCGCCGCGCAUCCGCCUGCCGCUGAGGGGAGGCGCGGCCCCGCCGCCGGGCCCCCGGGCUCGCCGGGCUCCGGAGGAGGAGGCCGAGCGGAGGGGGAGCUUCGUGGAGAUGAUCGAUAACCUGCGCGGCAAGUCCGGCCAGGGCUACUACGUGGAGAUGACGGUGGGCAGCCCCCCGCAGAAGCUGAACAUCCUGGUGGACACCGGGAGCAGUAACUUCGCCGUGGGAGCUGCGCCUCACCCCUUUCUCCGGAGAUACUACCAGCGGCAGCUGUCCAGCACCUACCGCGACCUGCGGAAGGGCGUGUACGUGCCCUACACGCAGGGCAAGUGGGAAGGGGAGCUGGGCACUGACCUCGUCACCAUCCCCCACGGCCCCAACGUCACCGUCAGAGCCAACAUUGCUGCCAUCACCGAGUCGGACAAAUUCUUCAUCAACGGCUCCAACUGGGAAGGGAUCCUGGGGCUGGCCUACGCUGAGAUCGCCCGGCCCGACGACAGCCUGGAGCCCUUCUUUGACUCCUUGGUGAAGCAGACCCAGGUGCCCAACAUCUUCUCCCUCCAGCUUUGCGGGGCGGGCUUCUCGCUCAACGAGACAGAGGCCCUGGCGUCAGUGGGAGGCAGCAUGAUCAUCGGUGGCAUCGACCGCUCGCUGUACGUGGGUGACAUCUGGUACACGCCCAUCCGCAAGGAGUGGUACUACGAGGUCAUCAUCGUCAGGCUGGAGGUCAACGGGCAGGACCUGAACAUGGAUUGCAAAGAGUAUAACUACGACAAGAGUAUCGUGGACAGCGGGACCACCAACCUCCGGCUACCGAAGAAGGUGUUUGAGGCUGCGGUGAAAUCCAUCAAAACAGCUUCCUCGACAGAGAAGUUCCCAGACGGCUUCUGGCUGGGGGAGCAGCUGGUUUGCUGGCAGGUCGGCACCACCCCCUGGCACAUCUUCCCUGUCCUGUCCCUCUACCUGAUGGGGGAGGCCACCAACCAGUCCUUCCGCAUCACCAUCCUGCCCCAGCAAUACCUGCGUCCAGUGGAGGAUGUGGCCACCUCUCAGGAUGACUGCUACAAGUUCGCCAUCUCUCAGUCCUCCACCGGCACUGUCAUGGGCGCUGUCAUCAUGGAGGGCUUCUACGUGGUCUUUGACCGCGCCCGCAAGCGCAUCGGCUUUGCUGUCAGCGCCUGCCACGUGCACGACGAGUUCCGGACGGCCGCAGUGGAGGGGCCCUACCUGCACUCCAACAUGGAGGACUGUGGCUACAACAUCCCGCAGACGGACGAGUCCACCUUGAUGACCAUCGCGUACGUCAUGGCAGCCAUCUGCGCCCUGUUCAUGUUGCCCCUCUGCCUCAUGGUGUUUCAGUGGCGCUGCUUCCACUGCCUGCGGCGGGACCACGACGACUUUGCCGACGACAUAUCCUUGCUGAAGUGACACCGGAGCUUGGGGGCAGUCCCGGGGCCCGCAGGUGAGGUAGCAGGGCAAGGAGAGGUAGGUCCUUUUUCUGAAGGCUGGAGAACAGAGGCAGGACAGCAGCGGGGGGAGCUCAGUCAGCCGAAGCCCUUCUGGCCCCAGAGGCCGCUGUGCCCUUUGGGUCUAGCGGGCCAGGAGUGACCCACUGCCAGGAGCAGGCCAGCCUCGAGGCUAGGCCCUUGUGUCCCUGGGUCACCAUCGCCUAGGGCAGCAUUUGG